AAAAAACCACACCAUUUGAUAGAAAAAACAAACACACAUUAGAGAAAUGGCAGUUUGCAAGAUCGGUUUCUUGACUUGGGUUCUCUUUGUUAUUGUUGGAAUCUUGAUCUCCGAUGGCAACUUUGUGUCCAGCCAAGGUCAAUGCGACUUUCAGGCCCUGCAGGUGUGCUGGGAUUACGUUAAGAAGGAAGGUGACAUGAUUCCACCAUCUCCAGAAUGCUGUAACGCCAUCAAGAACUCGGACGUGCAAUGCAUCUGCCAGCAUUUGCCUCCCGCGGUGUGUCCUCUUAUUAGCAUGAAGAAGGUGGCCUAUGUCGCGGAAUACUGCAAAAAACCACUUAGCGGACAGAAAUGUGGAUCUUGCCCACUCUGAGAAGCUUUGGAGAUCCAAGAGAGAGAAGCACUUUUGAUGCAGAGCUACUAUAGUAAAUAAAUUUGUGUAGCUUUCACCUUGACCUUGUGGGAGUGAAAAGUUGUCUCUAGUUUCAAAAUGUUUUUAAUAAAGCUAGAUGAUAUUAUAAAGAUAGAAAUUUCGUUCGCUUUAA